AUGCGUAUAGAUCCCGCCAGAGCGGCCACGCUCGUGUCGCAGCUCUCAUCCGUCCAGCAGCGCAUUACAGCACUCAACGCCGGCCGCAAUGUCCGCCUCGUGGCCGUCUCCAAGCUCAAGCCCGCCAAUGACAUUCUCGCCCUCCACCAGGCACCCGCGCAGCACCAGCACUUUGGCGAAAACUACGCCCAGGAGCUGACCCAAAAGGCCGAGCUGCUGCCGCGCACCAUCCAGUGGCACUUCAUCGGCGGCCUCCAGUCCGGCCACUGCAAGUCCCUCGCCAAGAUCCCCAACCUGUUCUGCGUCUCCAGCGUCGACACGGUCAAAAAGGCCAACCUGCUCAGCAACACCCGCGAGACGCUCCGCUCCUCCGACUCAGCCGUGCCGCCGCUGUCCGUCCACGUCCAGGUCAACACGUCGGGCGAGGACGCCAAGUCGGGCGCGCAACCCGGCGACGAGACCGUGGCACUCUGUCGCGAGAUUGUCGACAAGUGUCCCGGGCUGAAGCUCCUCGGGCUCAUGACCAUUGGCGCCAUUGCGCGCAGCAAGGCCACCACGGCCGAGACCAAGAACGAGGACUUUGUCGCGCUCAAGGAGCAGCGGAACCUCGUCGCUGAGGCGCUGGGCGUCGAGCCGGCCAGCCUGGAGCUGAGCAUGGGCAUGAGCGAGGACUUUGAGGGUGCCAUCGCCGAGGGCAGUGGCGAGGUCCGAGUAGGCAGCACAAUUUUUGGUCAGCGACCAGAUAGAGCGGAUGCCAAGAUCCGUGUAUAA